GUUCAUAGUCAUAGUGUUCAUGUGUAGAAUUUGUGUAUAUGUGUAUAAUUUUUAAUUUUAUUUUUGUGUUGAUUUUAAAAUAACGGUGCCUAAAACCUAAAAAGUUAAAAAUGACUGGAACUAACGAUCGUAAGGAUGUUGAUAGCGGCUCUUCUACCGAAGUUUUCAGUGAAUUAAGUACAUUUGGCAGAUUUCAAACUUUGCAGUAUUUUUUUAUUUGCGUGCCUUUAAUGAUGGUUGCAAUGAUGAAUGUGAAUUAUAUGUUUGUAGCAGAAAGUGUUAAUUAUAGAUGUCGAGUUCCAGACUGUGAUGAGCUACAUACAAACUUUACAAAGCCCCUCUGGUGGCCUGAAUCAAAUGAUGUUAAAUGUGUCAGACCAAUAUUUAAUUUAUCACAAAUAAAUGCGACUUGCUUAAAUCAAGUGCCUGUGGAAUUUGAAAAAUGUGACGAAUGGAUUUACGAACAUAGUAACUCAGUCGUUUCGGAGCUGGAUAUAGGAUGCGCAUCGUGGAAACCUCCUCUAAUAGGCAGUGCCCAUAAUAUCGGAAUGAUAUUUUCAAUGAUAAUCAUGGGUUGGAUGGCAGAUAGGUUUGGAAGAAAGCCAAUCCUUAUUUUGUGUGCAGUCGGGGGGUCAGUCGGCUCACUGAAGUUAUUGGUUUCCAAUUUUUAUGCCUACGUUGGAUUGGAAUUUUUAGAAUCAUUUAUUUCAUCUGGACUUUAUACCGUAGCUAUCGUAUUGAUGAUUGAAGUGGGCGGUGAGACCAAAAGAGUCCUAACUGGUGUUAUAUUUUCGUAUGCCACGUACGUCGGUGAAGUCCUAUUUGGGUUUCUGGCAAUGGGAUUUCAACAAUGGAAGGCAUUAUUGCUAGCUACAUACGCUCCUGUAAUUUUAUUCAUUGUUUAUAUAAUUCUACUGCAUGAGAGCACUAGAUGGCAGUUGUUGCAAGGAAAGGCAUUUGAAGCACGAAAAACAUUUAAAACAAUUGCCAAGUUGAAUAAACUCUCAAUUUCAAAUGAAGAUAUAGACAAUAUUAGUGAAAAUGAUUUGAGAACAAAAUUUAACGUAGCAUCGCAAAAAGAAAAAGAAAGUUUUAAGGAGAUCAUAAAUUCUAAAGAAAUAAUGACACGUGUCAUCGUUGUUUCCUUUUGUUUCUUCACAUGUGGUUUGGUAUAUUAUGGCGUCGCAAUGCAAUCUAUAUAUCUACCAGGAGACAAAUACGUCAACUUUUUAUUGACUUCAUUGGCCUCGCUUCCUGGGGAUCUCAUAGCAUUUUUUACCUUCCCUAAAUAUGGCAGAAGAAUAUCUUUACAAUGCGGAUUUAUCUUUUGCGCCAUAUUUUUACUUGCACAGGCGUUUACUCCAGAUGCGAUGGUAUGGCUGAAAUUGUCGCUGUUUCUAUGUGGCAAAAUUGGAACAGCAUUAUGCUUUACUGGACUCUUCACGUACAGCUUAGAAUUGUUUCCUACAAGCGUAAGAGGAUCUUUAACUGGUUUUGGCAAUACCUUUUCAAGAGUUGGCAGCACCUUAUCACCUUUCACUAUGCUACUAAUAGACAUACUUCCUGCCUUACCAUCGAUACUGUUUGCUGCCUUAGCAAUAACUUCUGCUUUAGUCGUACAAUUUACCCCAGAGACUAAAUCCAUACCCAUGUUUGAUACUAUACAACAAGUAGAAGCAUAUAAAUCUAAAAUGUCGACAAGAUUAUAAAAUUAUAAGUCCUAGUACCCAAACAGUACCUGCAAUUUUUAUAAAACGGAAGUACUACAGAAACAGACUGACUUGCUGCUGGAUAAAUCACAGUGUCAUAAACUAUGAAGAGCACACAAAUCUAAGAUAGAUUAUACAUACUUCUUUUAGCGUGUAAGUGCGUUCAAUAGGCUCGCAAUUUGCCAUGGACAUGUAAAUGAAAAAUGUUGUCUAGUAAUAAUAGUUUGUCAUCACGUGCCAUUGCCAUUAGCAUUUAAAGAACUUUCCGCGAAGGCAUGUCAAAUUAUAAUUUAUUACGGAUCUAUUUUGUUGCGCCUUUGUUUUAGUUACCGGUGUUUCUAUGAAACUUUAUAAUUUUUGUUGUAUAAUUAUUCAUUUAUUAAAUACGA